GUCCUGAACUCUGAGAGGAGCACACAGCACUCAGAGCCCAAAUCACAGAAUAAAGCUGCGGGUAGUAAGAAAAGGGCAAAUACAAUGGAAGGACAAGUGAGGAGUAAAUCCCUGGCUGGCGGUUGGCACAGCGACUCAGAUACAGAGGAUACGACAGAUAUGUCUAACACAGAGGACUUGGUGAUCUCAGAGGCUACCGAGGAGGACUUUGUACUUCUGGAGAAGGAUGAAUCGUGGUUAUCGUCUGAUGUGAGGAGCGCGAUCUCUAAAAUCAGGGACAAAGAGAAGCCACUCUCUGUAAAUAGAAUAGUGAAGGAGGAUACGACUUCUGCCGCUGUUGUGGAUAAACCUAAAGACCCUACAACGUCGCCUACUGAUCCAAAGAGGAACGUUUCUUCUGCUGUGGAUGAUCAGAGGCUCAGUGAGGACAGACUUCAGAGGUCUUCAGGAAAAAAACACCAGGAAUCCAGUAAGAAGACCUCACAAAAAGCCUCAUCUUUGGGUGAUGAAACAAGCAAAACACAGAGUUUGCAACAAGUAACACGGGAUGAGGAUACGAGCAGCACUGUAAACACUUCUUUUGUUCUUUCCGGUAAUGGUAGCAGUGGUUGCAAAGCACAUACCCGAUGUUCACACACAGAAUGUUCGGAAAGAGCGGAUCCACAUUUGGCUGAACCCGCAGGCAUCGUGUGUCGCCCGAAGAAGGCUGAACGAACUGAAGCUGUCAAAGCUAUGACAGAGAAUGAGGCGGGAAAGACUGUGACUUGUGAGCUCAAAACGGGCAUUCAAGGCAAGAAACCAGCUCUCUUGUGUAUUGAAUCAACCCAUGCCAAUUCCAAGCCAAAUGAUACAUAUAAUAAAUCCCCUGAAGAAAAAGACUGCACUCAUGAGGAUUUGGUCCUUUGGAAUAUAGAGGAAGAACUUGAUGAGAAAACAGAAGCAUUAACCACGCUCAACACAAAAACGAAGCCGGACAAACGCUCGGAGACGACAGAUCCUGUUAAGAGUGGUUCACAAACUGAAAAAGAGAGGAAGGCCACAGCCACAGAUGAGCAUCCACAGGUGAAAGACAUGCAGAGGAGGGAGGUAAAGAGAGACUGUGUCACAGACCACGGGAUUGAGGCUUGUGAGUCAAAUCGGUGCAAACCUGAAGUACUCAGGGCAUCUUCCGCAUGUGUCCCAAGACAUCUUGACACACCAAAUCCUCCUCAGCCUCCACCAAGGGCUAAAGCCAAAGGUACAGACAAGAGUGGGAAAUCCAUUCAACAGUUUGAUAAUAUAGAGAGCCAUUGUGGUAAUGUCUCCUUACAACAGCAAACUGAAACUUCUACUGGAAAAGCAAAAGAAGUAUCCCCAUCCACGGAUACAUGCAUCUCCAUCACCAAAUAUGAACAUUUAGCUGCUGAACAGUCUCAGAGUAAGACUGAGGCUGUUUUACUUGAUGCUAAGGAAGAACUUGCUGGUAGUUGUUCUUCUGUGAAGGUAGAGAAAGAGCCAGUACUUCGGAAUGCAGUCAUAUCUCCCUCACCAAUUCAGAUUCUGAGUGUUACUGAGAAUGCCAAAACAUCCCUUUCUGAUGAGACUGUUAAUUUAACGACUGGUAGAGGAACAAACGCCCUAUCAGCUGCCUCUAUGUCUAAAAAACAGGUCAAAGUUAAUGUCCUCUCCUGCUCUGUCCCCAAGAUGCCACAACUCAUAACUGCCUCGUCCUCAUGCUCAUUAGAACAAUGCAAUGUGAUUCCCUUACCUCCUCUGUCUGUGCCAACUUUAGAGGACAGUGAUGGGCAGAGGCAGGUUGUUAGCAUGCAGAUGGAGAGCCAGCCUGUCUGUUACAUUGCUGUCAUCACCCCACCACCCAUCAUUCACAUUCUGCCUGAGAGGGAAAUGGAGAGCACAUUGCCAACACAACAAAACAACAGUAUGGAUUUGACUCAGACAGAGGACAAAGCGACCUCAGGUGCCUCUAUAGAUCCUUAUUUUGCAGGGGAGAGGCUUAAACCAAAGGGGCCUCCUCCACCUGUCCCAAAAAAGCCCCAAAAUCCCUUCGUUAAGAUUCCAGCUGCAAAAACCUGCUGCUUGGAUGAGCAGAAGAUAUGUGAUGAUGAUUACCACAAGGAGGAGGAGAAGAAGAAGAAGAAGAAGAGGAGACAUUCACAUCAAGUCAACAAAGAAAAUGCUUGUGCCACAGCUCCUCAGGACAUGUGUGUGUUAUGGGACAACACAGGUGCUGCUUAUACUGUACCAUCCAACAUGUACACGCCAGAUAAUUUUGAUUUUUCACAACGACAAAGGACACCAACUAGAGAGGAAAAGUAUAGAAAUAUCAUAGAUUUUGAUGCUUGGGCACAAAUGGUCAAACGUGCUGCAGAAGAGGAAGAACCAAAACAAAUUGACAUGUUGGAUGGACAACCUUUUUUGGAAAAGCAGGCUAAAUUCAAAGGUCCACCGCCUCCUGUACCAAAAAAGCCCCAAAAGCCAUUUGUUCUAUUAGAAACGGUUGCAAUCUCAGAAGACAUAACUUGUCCUUCAGAUGACGAGGAGAUACGAGAACUAGAGCAGGCCUUGUGUAAGAGAAUGAAAUGUGAUGAUGAUGAUGACCCUGUACCCCCUGCCGACACUGUCAGCACAGAUGUCCGUUGGAAGAACUUUGACCACAGUGACCGUAUAGAUAUCCAUAGUGGUCUUGUUGAGCAGCGUUAUCGUGAUACUGUGUCUGAGCAUGAAACUGAGACAUACAGGCCUGUGGCUGAGCUCAUAAAGGAGACUAACCGGAUGCACCAGAGAAUCAGGCAUGCAGACUGGACAAAACCCCUUGCAGCCAAGUCCAUGAUCAGACAUGCAGACCGGGCAAAACCGCUCACGGCCAUGUCCAUUGCCGGGGCUGUGGGCCAGGGCCAGAGCCUGAAAGUAUCACAGAUGAAGAAGGCCUUUGAUGUCACUAAGAAGCCUGCUGAAAAACCACCAGAGCCUGAACUCAAAAAAGAUAUGUUCAGGCGAGUGGUGCGAGCGAGUAAGUUCCGUCAUGUCUUUGGCCAGGCAGUGAAGAACGACCAGUGCUAUGACGACAUCCGCGUCUCCCGGGUCACAUGGGACAGCUCCUUCUGUGCCGUCAACCCCAAAUUUGUCGCCAUCAUCAUCGAGGCCAGUGGGGGCGGAGCCUUCCUCGUCCUCCCUCUGCUUAAGACGGGUCGCAUAGACAAGGCCUACCCAACAGUAUGUGGUCAUACGGGACCUGUCCUGGACAUCGACUGGUGCCCUCACAAUGACCAUGUCAUCGCCAGCGGCUCCGAGGACUGCACGGUCAUGGUGUGGCAGAUCCCAGAGAAUGGGCUGGUCACCCCGCUGGCUGAGCCUGUGGUGGUGUUGGAGGGACACUCCAAGAGGGUGGGCAUCGUCACCUGGCACCCCACGGCCCGGAACGUCCUCAUGAGUGCAGGCUGUGACAACCUGAUCAUCAUCUGGAAUGUGGGGACGGGCGAGGCCAUGAUCCAGCUGGAGGACAUGCACCCUGACGUCAUCUUCAGCGCCUGCUGGAGCCGCAACGGAGCCCUCAUCUGCACCGCCUGCAAGGACAAGAAGAUCCGCGUAAUCGAUCCCCGCAAGGAGAAGAUUGUGGCGGAGAAGGACAAGGCCCACGAUGGAGCACGGCCAAUGAGAGCCAUCUUCCUGGCUGACGGAAACAUCUUCACCACCGGCUUCAGCCGCAUGAGCGAGCGGCAGCUAGCCCUCUGGAACCCUAAAAGCAUGGAGGAACCAAUAUCAGUCCAUGAACUGGACACCAGUAAUGGAGUGUUGCUGCCUUUUUACGACGCAGACACCAACGUGGUGUACCUGUGUGGGAAGGGUGACAGUAGCAUCCGGUACUUUGAGAUCACAGACGAGGCUCCGUUCGUGCACUACCUCAACACCUUCUCCAGCAAGGAGCCCCAGAGGGGUAUGGGGUACAUGCCCAAACGUGGACUGGACGUCAAUAAGUGCGAGAUUGCCAGGUUUUAUAAACUACAUGAGAGAAAGUGUGAACCAAUCAUCAUGACAGUCCCCCGAAAGUCGGACCUGUUCCAGGAUGACCUUUACCCGGACACUGCGGGACCAGACUGUGCCAUCGAGGCAGAGGACUGGUUUGAUGGGAAGAACGGUGAGCCUAUCCUGAUCUCCCUGAAAAACGGCUAUGUCCCCGGAAAGAACCGUGACCUCAAGGUGGUCAAGAAGUCCAAUGUCCUGGAGGGCAAGCUAGCCAAGAAAGCAGAUAACACCUCGCCUGCCCAGAGCAAGGCCUCUCCACAUCCCUGUACACAAAAUGAAGGGAAACUGGAGGAGCUACUGCGAGAAGUCAAGUCGCUCAGAGACCUUGUCACCCUACAGGACCGCCGAAUUGCCAAACUGGAGGACCAGAUCUCCAAGGUUGCCAUCUAAGACUCGACCCCCGCUCAGGACCAUUCAUUGGUUGGGAGAGAAUCAAGUGUGCGGGGCCAGCCACUGGCAAAAUUGUAGAAUUCGGCUUCAUCAAUUCCGCUUGGCAUCUUCCCAGCGACGAUCCCAAGCACGCAUUCCAAGAUGAACUUUUUUUUUUUUCUCUCAUCAUGCCUACCCUCACACUUUCCUCUAAAAAAAAAAACUAGAGAAAAAACUGUUGCAAUUCAUAGUCCACUUUUUACUGGGGAUGAAACGCAUUUAAAUAUCUGCAAUUUUUUUGUUGAAUGGAAAGUCUUACCAUUUUGUUAUUGUUUUAAAUUGUGGUCAAGAACAUUCUUAUGUGAAGUUUUUACUUAAUGCCAUACUCUCAACAGUUGUAUGUAACUAUCAGUAUUGCCAUAUUCCCUUGAUUUUUGUGCUGCCAAAUUGAAAUGGUGUGUGUGUGGUUCAUGCACCACUUUUACAUUUUAGAUUUUUUGUGUCUUCUCUCCUGUUGUGCAUUCCAGUUACAGACUAUACUAUCAUAGAAUAAUUUAGUCAAAGAUAAUAAUUAUUUUCAAACCAACUAUAGCUGUUACUGUUGCAAAAGAAAGACAAAAUAAAUCUGCAUUUCUUUUUUUUCUUUUCUUUUUGCCAAGCCAACUGCUUGUAUUAAGCAUCAGGUCACUGAAUGUGAAGGAAGUGCUUCUGAUCAUACUUUUAGCUUCUGCUCUUCUGGGUAUAGAUUUGAACUGUGGCGGUGUCUGGAGGCAUUGGGGUAAACUGCAGCUCUCGCUGGUGUAAAUGUUGUGUAAGUGUAGUGGUGCCUCCUCCACGCUGUGGCUGGUAUUAGGGGUCAAUCUGAGGUCCCCUCUCCGGUGCAUGUUGUGGCAUUUGGAAAGGACCACUCUCAGCACUUGUUUCACUCAAACCUUUGACAUAUAGUUCUGUGCAUGCAAUAAAGAUUUUACUCAUGCACAUGUCUUCUCCACAAUAAAUCCCUUAAAUUCUU